UGUUGAAUUCUUCAAAAAGGUCAGAAACAGGUGAUUCUAUUGCAAAAUAGCUUCUUAAGCAUAGAAACAUAAAACUGUUGUUUCCAACGAUGAAAAAUUUACAUAUAAAGCAGGUGGCAAGGCAAGAGAAAACGUGUUUCUUCGAUAACGCUAUAAGAUGGUCUUAACUUAGAGUAGAUUCUUUGAAAUUUUAUCUAGUUCACCGACCAACAUUCGCAGAUAUUGUCGUCCGGAAUGUUCAGUUCAUGCACUUAGAUCAACAGAGAAAAAAAUCGUAAUCUUUGGAUUGCUGUAUUCAAUUAAAUUUACCAGUGAAUAUAUCUUUUAAGGUAAUCUUUGUCGUCGGUGUACAAAAAACACCCUUUAUGGCACACAAACUUCCACAGCAAUAGCGACCUCUUUAAUGGUCGUUUUCCUGAUUUCAGUUCCAACUGCGAGUCAAAGUUUGCCCUACAUUCCUGAGGGAGAAAAACCAACAUUGAUAUGGUGGACACCUGACACUUUUCCUCAUAGUAAAAAGAAUGCAAUAACUCAUACUAUUAAUUGCAAUGCUGGUCCAUGCAUUACAACAGUAGAUAGAGGUCUGCUUAACCGGUCUAUCCCUCAGACAUUUUUAUUUUAUGGAACUGACUUUCGAGCAGAUGAUUUACCACUUCCACGAACGUUUUGGCAACACUGGGCUUUAUUUCACGAAGAAUCACCAAAAAACAACUGGAUUCUUAGUCAUGAUAAAUGUAUAAGACUAUUCAACUAUACUGCUACAUUUAGUCCAAAGUCUGACUAUCCUGUCACAUCGCAGUUUAUAAAAUAUCCGAAAGAGUGGUUGGAGCGACCUGCAAUUUCAACAAAAACAAAAAAUAGGUACCAAUACGAAGAAGGUCUGGCACCCAUCGUAUACGUUCAACGUGACUGCAAUCCACCGUCAGAUCGCGACCGUUAUGUUAAGGAGUUGAUGAAAUUUAUUGCUGUAGAUUCAUAUGGACCGUGCUUGAACAAUAAAAAGCUACCGGAGAACAUUGAAGGUUUUCAUAAGUUUGAUAGUCCAGAAUUUUACGAUUUCUUGGCGAAGUAUAAAUUUAACAUUGCAUUCGAAAAUGCUAUAUGCGAUGGUUACAUGACAGAGAAAAUAUUUCGUGCUCUUAAAGUGGGCAGUGUUCCCAUCUAUUUGGGUUCCGCAUCAGUUAAAGAUUGGCUGCCAAACAAGAAUGCUGCUAUAAUUGCCUCAGAAUUUUUAGGACCAAAAAAUCUUGCAAAAUAUUUAGAAGAUUUAAAUCGUGAAGACGAUAAAUACAAUAUGCAUUUACUCCAUAAAAAACCUGGUGGUAUCUACAACAAGGCAUUGCUGAAUGCGAUUAAUGUGCGUAUGUGGCAAGUACAAGGAGAUUGGGACCUAGUAAAUUUUGGCCAUAGAAUGUUUGCUGGUUAUGAGUGUUUUUUAUGUGAUCGUAUGUAUACAUGGAAUGCCACAUUAGGCAGGCAUCUUUUUGAUCCAAAACAGUUUGAUCCCCCAUCCAGCAAGGCAGCGAAUAAUUCACACCUUGGAUGCGACGAGCCAAAGCCAUUGAUCCAAGAUGACCAGUUUGCCCACAGAAUUCCGUUCUGGCAAGGACUAACAGAAGCAAAGGCAUUGCAUGAUAUGAUUGUAAAUGGAGAAACAAAUGCUAAAAUGUUUACCAAAAAGUACUUAAAGACAAGUACAGACAAAUACAAUGUCCUGAAAGAGGAGCUUUAAAACAUGAGGCAUCGACGUUUAUAAAAAUCUCAAUUUUAAGAUGUUUAUUGAUAAUUUCUAGCAAGUUUUCAAAACCAAAACACUUCAAGGCACUAGGUAAAAACACAUUAGAAAAUAACGUAAAUGCUUCAGCAACUUUUUGCCAGUCAUAUAUAAAAAUACCAUAACUCCAAGUAAACAUUACCAGUUAAUCUGCCGCAGCUAUUAGAAAUUUGGAAGACUAUCUACUGUACAAAUUUGUGGCCAGUGACGAAGCCAGCCGCUGUUUUGCUCCUACAAUGCAAAUUUUUCAGCAAAAUUAUUAUUCAUUUCUUUAGAAAAUUAAUCCAAAUUGCUUUCAUUGUUUUAUCAGUGAUUGAACACAAAAAUAUUUGCAUUGUAGGAGUAAAAACCAAUGGUAAAAAAAGGGCUAGCUUCGCUACUGCGUGUGGGCUCAUUCAUGGAGGCAGCAGCAAUUUAUUAGAUAUGAAUAAAUUUUCUAUCAGUUCAAA